UCUGAAACCAGUGCAAUUACCAUCAGAAAUUAAUAAUCAGCCCUGUAGCCUCAGCUUCUUUGACACACAAACCUCAGUUUGCUCAGACAACCAAGGGUGAAGACACACAUGGUGUUUAGUAGCCAUGACUUUGUAAAAAGUCGCUGCGACUAAUCUAUGCAUCGAAAACCGCGCGAUUAGUCGCAAUGGCUAAUCGACCCAUGUGCCUUCUACCCAAGACCUCAGACAACCUCUAAGAUUAACAUCUCAACAACUGCUGAACACACUGAGCAUGUGAGUGUCACUACCAUUUCAAACAAAAUCCAAUCUGGUGAUUCCCUUGUGACAAAUGAGAUGCAGAACCUUUAGGGUGGUGCAAUAAGUUCAAUAUAUAAAAUUUCUAGCCAUAUUGAUUUCAGUGAUUAAAAUAUUAAGUAUAAUUCUAUGGAAUAUUGUGCAGCUUUGGUUAAGAUAAUAUUUGUUACUUUUAGAAGAGCAUAUGUAUCAAUAGAAAACAUACAUUAUUGGGUUUUUGCAUUUUUGCUUUUUUUUCAUCUGAUUCUUGUAACUUGUUCGUGUACAACAAAUAGCAACCAACAGUCAUAUAUCACAAUUUACUCAAAGCCUACCUAAUCUACUCUGCCAAAUUUCUCUAUUUCUUUCUUUUGUACAAUACAUGGACAAAAUGUCUACAAAUAACAUCUAAUCGAAGAUUACAUCUUUAGAAAAAAAAUGUAUUUAGCAGAAGCUUAAGCAAAAGCUGCAGAUUAAAGCUUGAUCUACUAAUACAUACAGCUGUGUAAUAUUUAUUUUAAAAUCACUAGAGCCAAAUUAUUUUCCUGCAACAGUUCUCGGGAUUUAGACAACCGCAAAUCAUUUGGAAAUAUAAGUGGUAAGAAGCCAAGCUUUCAAUUUUUCUUAAAAUUUGUGAGGACAUUUCUGUCAUUAUGUGCCAGGCAUCCUCAGAUUUGCAAAGUACCAUAUACAAUGCAAUGUGAAAACCUUCCAGCUGAUGAUUAUUUAUCUUGACAUCUGAAUUUUUCCACCGUAUAAUAUCUGCUUUAAUAACUGCCAUGAACGUCAUUUGUUAUGUUGUAUGGCAUCUAGGGCACAUUAACACAACCUCUGUUAGCCAACAAUUCAGUAUCUCAGGGUAAAUAAGGGAAAAACAUAUCUGAGAAUAUCCCUAGCUGAAAAACCAGUAGUAAUCGGAGUACAAAAUAAAGGGAAGAGCUUUCUCCUUGUGCCUGGGGUCCGGACAAAUAACAAGUGAAAAGAUAACUGGAAUGGAAAAAUAGGAAGAAAAAACAGCCUCAGCAACCUAAAGUAAGCACAAUACCAUCAGUGAACAUGCAUUUAAUAGUGUUUUUUCUUAUAUCUAAACCUAAGUGAGACAUAAACCAAGCACCGGACUACUACAAUUUAUGAAAUUUCAACUCAAAAUGCCAUUCUUUGGUUGGAUGAAAUGGCCAACAAAGGAGUCUGACAAAGGUACACAAUAUGCUGGAUCAGACGUUGUAACAAAAACAUUAUUAAGGGAACUGCAAUGGCACCUAGGAGAACGUGAAAGGUUAUUGCACGAGAUUGAAAAUGAACAGAAAAUCCAAAAAGCAGGAAUGGAUUACAACUGGCUCAGGAAUGACCAUGGCAUGAAAGCAAGCAUCCCUGUUACUGAACAAAAGCAGCUUGAGAUGCUGUGCUCUCAAAUUCAGCCAUGUCACACAGGCACAGUACUUAGCAGGUUUCGAGAGGUCCUGGCAGAAAACGAUGUGCUGCACUGGGAAAUAGUUUACAUAUUCAAACAAGUUUUAAAGGAUUUUCUGAGUUCCAUGGAUAAAGAAAAACACCAGCUGAAGAUAAUGGACUUGAUGAACACAAACUGUUCUGAAAACUUCAUGCCUGAAGAAAACCCCUUGGUUUCUCACAAGGAAGAAAUCCCAACAGUGUCCAGUUAUGUUGACAGAAACACACAGAGCUUAUUUCCCAUUUUUUCCCACAGAAUCUGGAAUCUACCAUAUUAUUAUCCAUCCAACUAAAGUCUUGUUUUCUUCAACUUAAAUUGCUAGCCACCCUAGAAAGUAGUGAUGUGCAGGUCAAGAUUUUCUCAACCCACACCCGACCCUAACCCAUCCGCUCCAAACCCGAACCCUGCAAUGACGUUACAAAAGGGACAGGGAUUCCAGGGGCGUGCGCCUAUGAAUAGAGAAGCUGGAUGAGAGCUGGCGGCAGUGUAAGGUUGCGGGCGGGGAGGGUGAGCAGAAGAGCUCUGUCCAAACCUGCCCGCAACCCACAGGUGAUGUGCCGACAUCGGCCUGAACCUCUAGUGUAAGAUACAUUAUGAACACUGGAACAAUACUGAAAGUCAAGCCAGAGAUUUUUUUUUAACAUUUUAUUCUAUAGCAGCAUAAGGUCAAACAAAAUAUUUCCCAUUUUAAGACACAUAUGUAAAUAAAGAAUGGUCAGUAUACAUAUAAUAAUAUAAUAUAAUAAAGUGUUACGGUUAUUUGGGAAAACAAAUGUAUGGAUUUGUUUUUACCUUUCACCCUCCCCCACUAGAAGCAACAGAUUCUGUAUGAGUUGUUACUUUAUUUUCGUGUUAACCUUCCCACGUCCAGGCAUAAUAGAUAUGACAGCAUUUAAUAGGUGUAAAUGGGAGGAAAAAUCUGACCAAAUUAAUUCCUACUCCCAAAACUUGCUCUAAAGAACAAAGAAGAUAGGCUUAAAUGUAAAAUUAAAUUAUUCUUUAGAUACAUGUUUUGCUCUGAUUUAUAGAUGUAACAUUAAUUUGUACAAAUGUUUCUAUGUACAUAUAUUUGUAAUUAAAAGAAGCAUGUAAUUAGUACAAGGUUGG